AAGUGUAGUAUCUGUGUGAGUUGGGGCCUGUGUAUCGCCGCUGAUUUGCUGUUUAAAGGAAUUUUAUGUUAUUCAUUUAGUUGCGCGCCGUCGUACGUUGGGGACGCACGCAUUUCGUUUCUGUUUGUAAAUAACGUGUAAUUGUUUAUUUACAACUAGAAAAGUGCUAAAACAGUGUUUAAAAAAAGUUAAAAAAAAAUAAUUAAAAAAUUUUCAUCUAAAAAGAACAUUUUUGAGUAAAAAAAAACCAACGCUCAAGCGUUUGUUGUUUUUUUUUAAGUUCAACCCUUUUUUGUUUGAUUUAAUUUCGUUAAAAAAAACAAAACAAAACAUGGGUACGUCUACGGAUCGUAUGCCCAUGGGUAAAAUGAGGCGUAACAUGUCAUUAAUGUGGAAAUUAUUGGCAAUUAUUGUGAUAAUACAAGCAAGUGGAAUAAGUGCUAAGCAAAUCCAAAACGAUUUAAUCUUCGAUGAUACCUUUGAUAUCGAUCAAUUCGAAGAUGCUGCCUCAUCGACUAAACUGCGAAGUGCGCGUGACCUAGACGAGAAAGCCUUUAUCGAAGAUGAACUACAGCCCGUGGAUGAGGCCGACAAUGAGGGCUCCUCCACCUCCUCUAACGAUGGCAGUUGGUUAAUGCAAAGCGUUAAACGUGUACGUCGUGAGUUGGGCCGUUUAUUCGGUAGUGAAGAGAAGAAAUUAGUGGCCGAUAAGAAACAUGCCAAAAAUGUUGCCAAAUUGGAGAAACAACGUAAACGUCAAGCCAAAUUGGCGGAGAAGCAAAAGCGUAAAGCUGCCAAUGCGGCACGCAACAAUAAGGCCAAGAAUCGUUUGAAUAAACGUCAAUCUUAUGGUGAUGAAGUUGAGGGUUCCGGUGAUGAUACUGAAGGUUAUGGAGAGCAUGAUACUUGGCAAACUUUGUUCAGCUUAAGUGAACCUUGGGUGAAUGAAUAUCGUAUGGGUAAAGGUUAUGCUAGAUUUAUGGAACUGCAACAACAAAUCCAUGAUGGUUUCUUACAAUUCAUCACUGAUAACUAUGGCAAUGAUGAGGAUGAAGAUUCUUAUUUGCAUCUCACUUUAAUAAGAGUAGAACCCACCCAUGAUAGCUUUAUUAUACAUGUUAUUGUACAAAUCGAUUUGCCUGAAAGAUGGAGUGAUUUUGGACAACGUUUCCAACACCAUUUGAUGACCUAUAAGAAAUUGGGUGAAACCUUUGGAGCCGAUGCCGAUAAUAGUUAUUAUUUCAGACGUGUCAGAGAUCUACAAGAUCACGAAAGAGUCGAUCUCACAGACGACUACAAUCACAAUGGCGCUGAAUCUCAUCAUCACGGUGAAGGUGUAGACAUAAAUAAUGCUUAUCAUGGUGCUGGUGAAGGUACUGCCACUCAUCAUGCAAAUAACGGUAACCCGGUUGCCGGAGAAUUUAAUGAAUGUGAUAGUGAGGGCUAUUUCCAAUGCAGCAACGGUCAAAUGAUCGAAUGUCAUAAUCUCUGCAAUAACUAUGCCGAUUGUGACGAUGACAGUGAUGAGGAUGUGGAAAUGUGCAAUAAAUACAAUCUGGAAGAAGUUGAUGAAGAUUUGGAUGAAGAUGAAGAUAUUGUCACGUCACAAGAGGGCCAUCGUGAAGGUGAGACCACCGAUACACCCAAUUAUGAUGAUAAUACUGCCUACGAUCCCUAUGACUAUGAUAGAGAACAGGAAAUGGAAAGAGAAAGACAAUUGGAAAUACAACGCGAAAGAGAACGUCAAAUCGAAUUGGAACAGGAGAGACAAAGACAAUUGCAACACGAACGUGAAAUGGCCGAACAAGAACGUGCCAAACAAUACGAAGCCGAAAGAGAAAGAGAGGAACAAGAGCGUGCUAGACAAUAUGAAGAACAACUUGCUCGCGAGGAAGAGGAAAGAGCUCGUCAAUAUGAGUUGGAAGAACAGGAAAGAGAGCGACAAGAACGCGAGAGAGAAGAGGAAGAACGUCGUGCACAUGAAAUGGAUUAUGAACGUGAACAUGGUGGAGAACAUGAUGGUCAACCGGAUCAUGAUCAAACCUAUGAUCAUGAAUAUCAACCCGAUCACGAUCAAACCUAUGGUCAUGAAUAUCAACCACAACCUGGACACGAUCAAUCGUAUGGUCAACCUCAACCUGGACACGAUCAAUCAUAUGAUCAUGAAUAUCAACCUCAGCCUGGUGACGAUCAAUCCUAUGGUCAACCUCAGCCUGGCCAUGAUCAAUCCUAUGGUCAACCUCAGCCUGGUCAUGAUCAAUCCUAUGGUCAACCUCAACCUGGUCACGAUCAAUCAUAUGGUCAACCUCAACCUGGACACGAUCAAUCAUAUGGUCAACCUCAAGGUGGUCACGAUCAAUCAUAUGGUCAACCUCAAGCUGGUCACGAUCAAUCAUAUGGCCAUGACUAUCAACCCGGAACAAGUGCAGAAGAUUCCGAAUACGAUUGUCAUGUUAAUCCUCAUGGCUAUUUUAUCUGUCAAAGUGGCGAAACUGUACCUUGUGCCAAUGUCUGCGAUAAUCAAUACGAUUGCGAAGAUGGCAGUGAUGAAUUGUCAUGUGAUCCAGACACACCCACCGAAGAGGCUCCCGUUGAUGAAAAUGCUUACGAAACACAUGAACAUGAAUCUCACAAUGUCCCCGAAUUUGAAGCUUCUGGCGAAGACUAUGUGCCCAUUACUGAAACCAGCCCCGUCUACACCAGUAUUUAUGACGCUGGUUGCCGUGGCGAUACAACUUUCACUUGCCCCGAAAGUGGCAAAACUAUUUGCGAAGAACAAUUGUGCGAUGGUGAAGAACAGUGUCCCGAUGGUGAGGAUGAAAUGGACUGUCCUUCGGAAGGUUACGAUGAAAAUGGCACCGAUGGAGAAACCGAAUAUGAACCUGGUACUGUGUUUGUGUUAUCACUCACUCACUCUCUGUCUGUCUGUCUGUCUGUCUCUGUUUUUGUGUAUUACAUUUAUUGUGGUUGUGUGUGUUUCUGUACCUUUUUUUCUGGAACAUGUCCUCUCAUAGUUGACAGGUUUCCAUCCAUGUCAUGUUGUUUGUUCCCUCUCAUCAUUAUAUUGUGUGUGUUUUCAAUAUCUUUAAAAAUUUAUUUUCUUCAGAAAUUUUAAAAAUCAUUAAGUGUU